AUGUUGAAAUCAAGAAUAUCACCUUCUAAUGCAAAAAUCCUAAAUAAGACUUAAUCUACUCAAAAGACUUCUUAUUUCCAAUCAGCAAAAAGACUUAUUAAAGCAACUACUUUUCAAUCGCUAAAAUAAACUAUCAUACCUGAGUUGAUAGGCUCUAAUAAACCAUAGCAUGCUGAAUAAGAGUUAGUUUCGCUGACCUCACCGGAAUAAGAAGCUUUAAGAUGCCGAUAUUCAUAAAGAAAUAGAAGAUUACCACCAGACUUUGCCGAAAAGGUACUUGAACUUGAAAUUCACUUAGAGAAAAAUUAAAGUGAGAUUAAGAUGGAAGUUGUUCAACAGUUGCUAUACUUGUACUCUUAAGCAGUUGAGUAUUACAAUGGACUGAAUAAUGAAAAAUAUCAACUCUACGCUGAAAGAAUUUAAAAUACAGUAGUAAGGCCGGAAGUUUUGAAAGUCAUGACUUAGAGUAAAAAAUCUGUUCCUAUUGGAUAAAGUAGAUCAAAAUCAACUAAUAAUAGGGGCUAUAAUCCUUAAAAAACUUAGUAAUUGAUAAAAGAAGAGCAUGAAAAGCGAUAAAAAGAGAGAAAGUAACUAUUAGUUGAAAAUAUGAAAGAAAUCAACGGAGAAGGUAUUGGUCAAAAAUUAUAAGAUCAGGAGUAACUUAAAUAAUCAGCUGCUGAAGAAGUAAAGAAGAGCUUAGAAAAUUAGAGUGAAAAUCUGCGCAAAAGACUUGCAGAGAGAAAGUAACUCUAGAUAUCUAAAAGAUCCAUUAACACUUCCAUUUAAGAUUAAACUUUAGAUGAAUUAUGGAUCAACAGCAGACCUGGUUCUACUAAAAAUGGUGGGAAUGGUAUGUUUCAAAUAAAGUUUGAUGAUGAUAUAAACAAUAUUUCUAUGAUAAAAGGAUGCUCUACUAAGGACAGCUCUUAAUAUUUCUAUAAUAAUCAAAAUUAUCUUGAGGAUAUUCAAGAUAAUUCUCCAAUUUCUGACAAGAGCUAGUAGCAAGAGUAUGAGGAAUCCAUGCAUUAGAUCUGGUCUAAUUGUGAGCAUAUGAUAGAAACUCUUUCAGUUGCAAAGUCAAGUCAGAUGGAAUAGUUAAUUGAAGAAGUUACAUAGUAAAAAUAUGAGAAACUUGCGGAAAUCAAAGCUACUUAUGAUUUUAUGAUAAAAAAGUUAGAUUAAUCUAAAUAAAAGGAUAAAGCUGAUGAGAAAAGAAAAGAAAAAGAUCAAGAAAUGCAAUUAUGCUCCAAAGAGUUUGAAUAAUUAAAGAAACAGAAAUUAGAUGACCUCGAGAGAGAGUAUGACGAGAAAAAAAGAGCCGUAAUGGAUUAAAAAAUUUAAAGAGAGACUAGAAAACUGGUUUAAUCUAAUAUAAGUAGAGCUACUAGUCGGGCAAAUAGCAGAGGCAGUAGUAAUAACUCUAGAUUUUCUAGGAAUAAACAAGCUUAGAGAAAGAAUAAGUAAAUUAGCCAAUAGAAUUGUAACUAAAAUAACCUUUCAAUUUUUACAUUAUCCAACCAAUAAUUUUAACAGUAAGUUGAGGAAAUAUAAAAUAGAGUUUAACAACACUCUCAGAUAUCCUAAAUAUAAUAAGAAUAGCAGGUGCAACUAUGA